GUUGGAGCUGUGGUGAGACGCUUUUUGCCCAAAAAAACCAAAAAAAAAAUGUGCAUGCAACCAACCGACAUAAUGAUUUCCAGAGAAGUAUUUUAAGUAGGGUUUUUUUCGCCCCCGAAAAUAAACCCUAAAGCUCUUCCAGAGAACACAACAACACAAAAAACCAAAACGGCAACGUGCAUUUUGUGCCACCAUAAAUGGUAACACAACGACUGACAAUGUCUGCCGUCACCAACACACAUAAAAUUAAUGGAAAUUUGAUUGUGAGUGCAAACGCAAAUGCUGCAGUAGCAACAACAACGACCACGGCAUCAUCAUCGUCAUCCAGCAAAACGUUUUUGCAUACUAACCCCCACCCAUCGAGUCAUCAGCACCACCAACACCACGCCACCAAUCAACUACAACCUUCUCCCAAUAGCCUCCAGCAACAGCAUCAGUCGCAGCACAGCACAAAUUUGAAGUCAUCAUCAUCGGCCAUCGGUUUAAGCAAAUUGCAGGCACCGCAACAACAUCAAAGGCGUUCCUUUAUUCCCUCAGCAACGUUGCAGCAGCAGCAACAACAACAACACCAACAUAUAACGGUUGCAACGUCUGGUACGGUCACCCAACCACCCCAAGCGAAUCAAUUACAAACAGUAGCGACAAUACAUCAGCCAUCCACACCAGGCCAACAACUGCAUACCGUCCAAUCGGCGUCAUCGUCGUUAGGGGCCGUGGGUACCACACAAACCCAAACGAUUUCAACGACGGCGGCGGGCACAACAACAGCUCUGAGUGGCGCCAACACCGACCAAUUGACGAAUCCUUCGAACAGAAGAAGUUUUUAUCAUUUGCAAUCUCUGAAAUCGGCAACAAAUCUAAAGGCUCCAGCCCACUCCAUACCGCCGCGCUAUCAACCACCGCCACAGCCAUCCAACACCAACAACAGUAACUGCCAGCAGCAACAACCACAACACACGACUGGCAUUCUGAAGAAUUUGCAUUCGCAACGAUUAACAAACGGCACCAAGAGCAGUACGGGCACCUCCAACGGUUAUACAUCAUACUUUCCGGAGACUCAGAGCAACGGUCAUUUGGGCAACCUAAAAUAUCCCCCGGAUAUACCACAACUCUCCAGCGUCUUCAUACCCGACUCCUUGAAGAACGCCUCCGCCAGCAACUCGCGUUACUUGCAACAGAAACACCAACAACAAACUAAUCAAUCACAACUGCAACAGCGAUUGCGGAGUGUUAAUCAAACAACAACGAACGGCACCACAACCAACAACAGCAACAACAACCCGAACAACCUGCUAAACGGCCAUCAAUCGGCAUUGACGGAGCAACAGCAGCUACAACAGCAACAACAGGAUAUGUUAAAAUUUGUACGCAAAUCCGAUCAAGAUCAUCCUUCACCAAAUGCCUCGGUCACGUCCAGUGGUACAGGUGGCAUACCGUCGACGGCUGGCCGCCUGACUGCCGAGCAGAAUCGCCAGCUACAGUCGCUGAUCAAUGAAUUGCGCGCCCUAAAAGAGCAAAAUCAACGGCUCAUGGAUGACAAUCAGGAACUCCGAGAUUUGUGUUGUUUUCUGGACGAUGACCGGCAGAAGGGUCGAAAACUAGCUCGCGAAUGGCAGCGUUUUGGUCGUUAUACAGCGAGUGUAAUGCGACAAGAGGUGGCAGCAUAUCAGAAUAAACUACGUCAGCUGGAUGAUAAACAACAAGAACUCAUCACCGAUAAUUUGGAACUGAAAGAACUCUGCCUUUAUUUGGACGAAGAGAGGGCUCACAUUGCGGCCAAUUCGUUGUGUGUGAACUGUGGUGCCUCUACUCGCAACACGUUGAGAGACGACGGCGACGGUUCAAGUUCAAGUACAAAUGCCGAUGAAAACAUAACUGCUUUGAGAAACUACGAGAGGCAAUUACCGGAUCUGCAUUUACGUUCAACACUGCAAGACCAAACACUCCAGUACGUGCGAUCUUUGGAACGACGCAUACAGCAAUUGGAGGAGGAACGUUUGACCAACACUACGAACGCGGCAACAACAGCCAACAUGGCAAGCCAACAACAGCAGCAACAACAUCGACCAUCACAACAGCAUACGACGCAGCAGCAACAACAGCAUCAGCAGCAACUGCAUCAGCCAACAAAUGUCACAACAACAGCAGUAACAAAUCACCAAAACCAAAAACUAACAACACAAACAUCGACAUCGUCGUCGCCAUCUGCAUUAAAUGAUGGCUUAGUUGAUCCCAUAUCUGGUCGGCCAGAAGCUGUUGUACGAGCUCUACAAGUUUUAGAAGUCAGAGAACAACUAGAACGCGAUAGAUUGGGCCAUCUAACCGGCAAUGCCAUCGAUCAAAUGGAUGACGGUGAAAAGGCUUUGGUACGCGAGAUGUGUAAUGUUGUUUGGCGCAAACUGGAAGCCAGUCCAAAUGGUCCGACGACACUGGAGCCACUAUAGAAGCUUGUAACUUCAAUCAAACACACAUCGAUGGACACACGCCGUUGCAUUUCCACCACCACACCUCUUCUGUUGUAAAUUUAAGCAAACUUUUUCCAACUAAACCCAAGCUGCCAGAAACCUGCCACCAGACUUUCCCAAAACAAAAA